AAUUUAUUUAAUGACAAAGCUUAUUAAAUGAGUUUUUAAAAAAAAAGCUUUAGAAAGCCGCUUAAUACGCAUAUUUAAGAUCUAUUACUAGUAGUAUCUUCCUUUUCAAUAAAAGGAAAAGAAAAAACUGAAGUUGCCACCUUUUCUCCUGCAACUGAAUCUCCAAACUCUAAUUUCAAAAUUUCCAUUUUUUAUUUGAUAGAAUGCCUCGCCGUUACCGCCCCGGGUCUAAGUCGGGUCGGACCCGGACCACUCCACCUAAAGAUGAACCAUACAACAUAAUACCUGUCCACAACCUCCUCGCCGACCAUCCUUCUCUCCGUUUCCCCGAAGUACGAGCUGUUGCUUCUGCUCUACGCGUGGUUGGAGAUCUACGACUACCACCUCAUGGACAAUGGCAUCCUGCUAUGGACCUCCUGGACUGGCUAGCUCUCUUCUUCUGUUUCCAGCACGACAACGUCAAGAACCAGAGGGAACACCUCGUCCUCCACUUGGCCAACUCUCAGAUGCGGCUAUCCCCUCCGCCAGAGAAUAUUGACACUCUCGAUGCCGGUGUACUUCGUACGUUCCGCCGAAAACUCCUCAAGAACUACACUAACUGGUGCUCUUAUUUAGGAAAGAAAUCAAACGUAUGGAUCUCCAAAAGCUGCCACUCUAACUCUGAUCACCGCCAUGAAUUACUGUACGUGGGGCUUUAUUUGUUGAUCUGGGGCGAAUCUGCAAACCUCCGGUUCAUGCCUGAAUGUAUCUGCUAUAUAUUCCAUCACAUGGCCAUGGAAUUAAACAAGAUUUUAGAAGAUUACAUUGACGAAAACACUGGCCAGCCUGUUAUGCCGUCGUUAUCGGGAGAAAAUGCAUUUUUGCACUGCGUGGUAAAGCCGAUAUACGAGACUGUAAAGGCGGAAGUUGACAAUAGCAAGAAUGGAACGGCGCCACAUACUGCUUGGAGGAAUUAUGAUGAUUUGAAUGAGUAUUUUUGGAGUAAGAGAUGUUUUAAGAAACUCAACUGGCCGCUUGACGUGGGCAGCAAAUUUUUUGUUACUUCCAGUAGAAGUAAACAUGUUAGGAAAACUGGUUUCGUUGAGCAAAGGUCAUUUUGGAAUCUUUACAGGAGUUUUGAUAGGCUUUGGGUGAUGCUGUUUUUGUUUCUUCAAGCUGCCAUUAUUGUAGCGUGGGAAGAGAAGGGGUAUCCAUGGCAAGCAUUGACAAGUAACAAUGUUAGAGUUAAGGUUUUGACAGUAUUUAUUACUUGGAGUGGGAUGAGACUUUUACAGGCUAUAUUAGAUGUAGGGAUGCAAUAUAGCCGUGUUUCGACAGACACCUGCGGGCUUGGCUUUAGGAUGGUGUUAAAAGCAGUUGUUGCUGCUGGCUGGAUCGUGACUUUUACUGCUUGUUAUGUAAAGAUCUGGUCGCAGAGGAACUAUGAUAGAAGGUGGAGUGUUGAGGCUGGUAAGAGGGUGGUCUUUUUUCUACUAGUUGCAUGUGUUUAUGUCUUGCCAGAGUUAUUGGCAUUAGCUUUAUUUGUUCUUCCUUGGGUUAGGAACUUUAUAGAGGAGACCAAUUGGAAAAUAUUUUACUUGUUGACAUGGUGGUUUCAGAGUAAGAGUUUUGUUGGUCGGGGAUUGAGGGAAGGGCUAGUUGAUAAUAUUAAGUAUACUCUGUUCUGGGUAUUGGUCUUAGCUACAAAAUUUGCAUUUAGUUAUUUCUUACAGAUUAAACCCAUGAUUAAACCGACCAAACAGUUGUUGGGCCUUAAUAAUGUGGAUUAUGAGUGGCCUGGUGGCAAUAUUAAGUUGGCUGUUGGUUUGUUGUGGCUGCCUGUGGUGUUUAUUUACUUGAUGGACAUCCAAAUUUGGUAUUCAAUUUAUUCCUCCUUUGUGGGAGCAGGAGUGGGGUUAUUGCAGCAUUUAGGUGAGAUUAGAAACAUCCAACAGUUAAAGCUUAGGUUUCAGUUCUUUGCCAGUGCAAUGCAGUUCAAUCUGAUGCCAGAAGAACAAUUAUUGGAUGCUAGACCAACAUUUAAGAGCAAGUUUAAUGAUGCUAUUAGUAGGUUGAAGCUGAGAUAUGGGCUGGGGCAACCUUACAGGAAGCUCGAGUCAAACCAGGUUGAGGCUCGAAAGUUUGCUCUAGUAUGGAAUGAGAUAAUUAACAUUUUCAGGGAAGAAGAUAUUGUCUCUGAUGCUGAAGUUGAACUACUAGAGUUGCCCCACAAUUAUUGGAAUAUUAGAGUUAUUCGCUGGCCUUGUUUUUUGCUAUGCAAUGAGCUGUUGCUUGCUCUUAGCCAGGCAAAAGAGUUGGUAGAUGCCCCUGAUAAGUGGCUCUGGCAUAAAAUCAGCAAGAACGAGUACAGGCGUUGUGCUGUGAUUGAAGCUUAUGACAGUAUCAAGCACAUGAUGCUUGAAAUCCUCAAUGCCAGGUCUGAGGAGCAUUCCAUUUUUGCUGUUCUAUUUCAUGAAAUUGAUCAUUCUAUUGAGAUUCAGAAGUUUACCAAGACAUUCAAAAUGGCUUCUCUACCCCAGAUUCAUUUGAAGUUGAUACAACUUGUUGAGAUAUUAACCAAGCCCAAGAAAGAUGCAAGCCAAGUGGUGUAUAUUUUGCAGGCCCUGUAUGAAAUUGUUGUUCGUGAUUUUUUCAAAGACCAGAGGACCACUGAACAACUUAGGGAGGAUGGAUUGGCACCUUGUGACCUUGCUGCCAUGGCAGGAUUACUGUUUGAAAAAGCUGUUAAGUUGCCUGACCCCAAUGAUGAGAGGUUCUAUCGGCAGGUUAGGCGCUUGCAUACAAUUCUUACUUCCAGGGAUUCCAUGCAAAAUAUUCCAGUUAAUCUUGAGGCUAGACGGCGAAUUGCAUUUUUUAGCAAUUCACUUUUCAUGAAUAUCCCUCAUGCUCCUCAAGUAGAGAAGAUGAUGGCUUUUAGUGUCCUCACCCCUUAUUAUAAUGAAGAAGUUCUCUAUAGCAAAGAACAACUUCGGACUGAGAACGAAGAUGGGAUUUCUAUCCUAUAUUAUUUGCAGACCAUAUAUGAUGAUGAUUGGAAAAAUUUCAUGGAAAGAAUGCGACGAGAAGGAAUGGUAAAGGAUGAUGAGAUAUGGACAACCAGGCUGAGAGAUUUGAGGGUCUGGGCAUCUUACAGAGGUCAGACACUUUCCCGAACUGUCAGAGGAAUGAUGUACUAUUAUAGAGCUCUAAAGAUGCUGGCCUUCCUUGAUUCUGCUUCGGAGAUGGAUAUUAGAGAAGGGAUACGAGAACUUAGUUCUGUGAGGGAAGAUGUUGGUUUGGAUGGUUUCAACUCUAAUAUGUCACCUUCUACCAGGAGUUUAGGUGGAGCAAGUAGUUCUCUGAAUCUGCUAUUUAAAGGCCAUGAAAAAGGCGCCUCUUUGAUGAAAUUCACAUAUGUGGUUGCCUGUCAAAUAUAUGGGGCUCAAAAGGACAAAAAAGAUCCACAUGCUGAGGAAAUCUUGUAUCUGAUGAAAUACAAUGAAGCUCUUCGAGUUGCCUAUGUUGAUGAGGUUUCAGUUGGGAGGGAUGAGAAGGAGUAUUACUCUGUUCUUGUGAAGUAUGAUCAGCAAUUACAGAAGGAGGUGGAAAUCUAUCGUGUCCAAUUGCCUGGUCCAUUGAAGCUUGGAGAGGGCAAACCAGAGAAUCAAAACCAUGCCGUCAUCUUCACCCGUGGUGAUGCUGUUCAAACUAUUGAUAUGAACCAAGACAAUUACUUUGAGGAGGCACUGAAAAUGCGCAAUCUCUUGGAGGAAUACAAGCACUACUAUGGUAUACGAAAGCCCACCAUACUCGGAGUCAGGGAACACAUUUUUACCGGUUCUGUUUCAUCACUUGCUUGGUUUAUGUCAGCUCAAGAAACAAGUUUCGUCACUUUAGGACAGCGUGUCUUGGCAAAUCCUCUGAAGAUUCGUAUGCAUUAUGGCCAUCCGGAUGUCUUUGACAGGUUUUGGUUUUUGACUCGGGGUGGGAUCAGUAAAGCUUCCAGAGUGGUUAAUAUUAGUGAGGACAUUUUUGCUGGCUUUAAUUGUACUUUGCGAGGAGGAAAUGUCUCACAUCAUGAAUACAUCCAGGUUGGGAAGGGAAGGGAUGUUGGGUUGAAUCAAAUUUCGAUGUUUGAAGCCAAGGUUGCUAGUGGGAAUGGUGAGCAAGUUCUCAGUAGAGAUGUUUAUCGACUGGGUCACAGAUUGGACUUCUUCCGGAUGUUAUCCUUCUUUUAUACCACUGUAGGAUUUUUUGUCAAUACACUGAUGGUUAUUCUUACUGUAUAUGUUUUUUUGUGGGGCAGACUUUAUCUUGCUCUCAGUGGUGUUGAGAUCGCUGCCUUGGCAAGCAACAACAACACCAAUAAAGCACUUAGUGCCAUCUUGAAUCAACAGUUCGUCAUCCAACUUGGUAUUUUCACUGCCCUUCCGAUGAUAGUGGAGAAUUCCCUUGAGCAUGGAUUCCUUCAAGCUAUCUGGGAUUUUUUGACAAUGCAACUUCAGCUUUCAUCAGUUUUCUACACAUUCUCUAUGGGAACCCGUACUCACUUCUUUGGUCGGACUGUCCUUCAUGGUGGUGCCAAGUAUCGGGGAACUGGCCGUGGUUUUGUUGUGCAGCACAAGAGCUUUGCAGAAAAUUACAGAUUGUAUGCUCGCAGCCACUUCAUAAAGGCCAUUGAGCUUGGGCUCAUACUUACUGUUUAUGCAUCUCGCAGCCCUGUUGCAAAGGACACAUUUGUUUAUAUAGCUAUGACUAUCUCAAGUUGGUUUCUGGUCCUCUCAUGGAUAAUGGCACCUUUUGUAUUCAAUCCUUCUGGUUUUGAUUGGUUAAAGACUGUUGAUGACUUUGAUGAAUUUAUGAACUGGAUAUGGUACCGUGGUGGUGUCUUUGCAAAGGCUGAACAGAGCUGGGAGCGAUGGUGGUACGAGGAGCAAGAUCAUCUUAGAACAACUGGCCUCUGGGGAAAGAUACUAGAGAUAGUUCUAGAUCUUCGGUUUUUCUUUUUCCAGUAUGGAAUGGUAUAUCAACUGGGAAUUACUACUAAUAGUACCAGUAUUUAUGUAUACUUGCUGUCCUGGAUCUACAUUUUUGUGGCAUUUAUAAUCUAUAUGGUGAUCUCAUAUGCUCGGGGUAAAUAUGCAGCUAAUGACCAUAUCUACUUUCGGCUGGUUCAGUUCCUGGUCAUUUUUUUUGGUGUACUCGUUAUAAUUGCACUGCUUGAGUUUACUUCCUUCAAAUUUAUUGACAUCUUCACCAGUUUAUUCGCUUUUAUUCCCACUGGCUGGGGACUUAUAUCGAUCGCCCAAGUGAUUCGGCCUUUUCUGCAGUCUACAAGGCAUUGGGAAUCUGUUGUGUAUGUGGCUCGACUAUAUGAUAUACUGUUUGGGGUGAUUGUUAUGGCCCCCGUGGCAUGUUUGUCAUGGAUGCCUGGAUUUCAAUCAAUGCAGACAAGGAUCUUAUUUAAUGAAGCAUUUAGCAGGGGUCUACAAAUCUUCCAGAUUGUUACUGGGAAAAAAAUCUGAUUAACUCGUAAAAUAUUCAGACUUGUGUUGAGUCCCCAUAGAGAUUCCUUGGCCGCCAUUAGUUGGAGUUUGAAACAAGGGGGUAUGAUAUGAGAUGACAUUUCGUCAGGCCUGGUGUAGUCUUCAAUUUUAGACUGAAUUAUCCAAGGUAAAAAAAAAAGGUAUUUGUCUUUGGUUGUAUAGAAUAGUUAUAAAAGUGCCGGUAUUUUCUGGUUUGUUGGCAAUAGAAAACACAGUAGCAAAACAGAGACAAAAGCUCAUAUUUUACAGAGACCCCAAAUGGGGUUUCCAUCAGGGUCCAUUAAAUGAGAGCACAUUAAGGGUCUUGUAACAUCAAUAUCCCACUCGAAUGUGAAAUUUUUUGAUGCAA